AUUUGGGUUUUGUUUUCCGAAUACAUCUAUCAAAAUGUCUUAGCUACUAGUAGCUGAUAAUCUGAUACAAUUUUCACUAAAAAGGUUUCAAAUUUCUAGGUAUUUCUGUAUUUAAUUUCAUUAAAAAGAAAAAUCUUGGAUUUUUUGUACUGUUAAUGAAAAAUGGAAGGUGGGUCAAGAUUAUGUCGGUCUUCAUGUAAUCAGCUUCUAAUUGAUCUUAUGGAUUCUGGCAAGAAUCUUUCUCAUCUCCCACCUGCCAUUCCUGACCUUCUUACCCUUCUUCAACGAACAGAAAAAGUUUUAUCUAGGGUGGAACAAUCGCCAUCCAAAUCAAUACAAUAUGCAAUGAAUCCAAUAGUUAACCCACUGAUAGAUACAGAUUUGGUUAGACAUCCUGAUAUGGAUGUGAAUAUCUCGGUUGCAUGUUGCAUAUGUCAAAUCUUGAGAAUUAUGGCUCCGAACGUCCCUUACGACGAAAAACAGAUGAAGGAGUUUUUUGAAAUGGUAGUGAUGCUAUUUGAGAGACCAUCUUCUGCAUCUGGUGGCUGCUGUAAUAAGAUGACUAAAGUUCUUGAAGUUUUUGGGAGUGCCAGAUUGCCGGUGCUGAUGUUGCACGACAAGCAGCUACACAGACUAGUAGUUCGACUAUAUAAUCAGUUUCUAACUGUUGCUGACUCCAACUCUUCUGCUGUUAUACUUGAGAUGGAGAAAAUUAUGACCAUGAUCAUAGAGGAAAGCGAGGAGCUUGCGCCUGAGCUUGUAGGUCUUAUAGUUACCAACGUGAAAAAGGAUAAUCAGAUUGCUUCACCAGUUUGUUGGCAACUAGGCUUAAAAGUACUCAUGAACGGUGCUGCUCAACUUAAACCAGAUAUGGGAGAAAGUAUGAGCAUUGCUCUUUAUGAUUAUUUCAAAAUGGUUGAACAUAUUUGUAAAACAGCAUCAGGAAAUGACAUUGAGGAGGUCGACAAAGUUUAUUGUUCAUUGGAAGAAACUAAUCCAUCUACAACUGAUUCAAGCAACUUGAAGAAGGAUGCAACUCGCAAGAUAAAACUCGAGUGUCUAGAGGGAAUCCGAAAUAUGGUGCAGACUCUAAGACAUUGUCAACAUGGAACCAGGGAUACGGUUAAACUUCAAGAUAUCCACUCUGAAGAUGACAACAAAGAUGAAAAGCAAACCCAAUCAUUUAAUAUUCAACCGAUGCCUUCUGAAUCUGCAACAGAGAUGAAGGGUAAACGCAAGAGAAAUGAUGAUCCAUGUACGAAACAGGCUCAACCCGAUGAGCAUGGUGAAAAUUUGGUGGGGAGCAAGAUUAAAGUUUUGUGGCCCAAAGUUGAAAUUUAUGAUGAAGAAGCUGUGCAAUCCAUUGACUGUCAUAAUAAGCGACACAAGGUACUUAAUGAUAAUGAUGAUGAGGAAACCGUAUACCUCAAUGGAAAACAGUUGGUGUUGGCUGAAAAUGUGUCUGCCACUUCAGAUUCUGCACUUCUCAGAAAAGUAUCAUCUCCAUGUGAUAACGUGAAACAUAGUGUUGCACCAAUACUAGAAGCCCUUUUCGAGAAACAUGGUGACAUUGCAUCCAAAUGUAUAUUCAAAACAGUUUCCGUGAGAGCAUCUUUGCUAGAGGUUGUUUGUGAAGUUGUUAGGCGAAUUCAAACCAAUGAUGCUACUACAAUCAUUUCUGAGAUGAAAGAAAUAGAGAGCCACAUAUCAGAUGCAGAGGCAGGAAAAAUUAAUGUCUCAUGGCUUCGAGCUCACUUAGAAGCUAUUUGUGAAAGGGAGGAGGCCAGGACAAGGUCAAGUUUCCUUGUGGAAAUGAAAGCAAACAUCAUUUUGGUUAAAAGGGUGGCUCGGAUGGACCUGAGGGAGAGAUGUGAAGAGCUCCUGACUGCACAAGAACAGUUUGAAAAGGCUGAAAGAUGUGUGAAAGUGCUCGAUCUUGUUAAUAAAAAGCUAGAUAACGAUAUACUAGAAUUUCAAGCCGAAAAACUCUUGUGGGCUAGAGAACCAAUUUUACAGCCACUCCCUAGAAAUGAUUUGUCUCCUCAGUGUGGGCUAGUUUAUGUGCAAGGUUACAAAGUGAAGCAAAAUGUUGGACCAAUACUUGAAGCCAUUUUCAUGAAGCAUGGCGACAUCGCAGAUAAAUGUGUAUUCAAAACUCUUUCUGUGAGAGCAUCUAUCCUGGAGGUUGUAUGUGAAGUUGUCAGGCAAAUUCUAACCAGUGAUGUUAAAACUGUCAUUUCUGAGAUGGAAAAACUAGAGAGCCGAGUUUCAGAUGCAGAGUCGGCCAAAAUGAAUGUCUCGUGGCUUCGAGCUCACUUGGAAGCCAUUCACAAAAGGAAUGAGGCCUUGAAAAUGUCAGGACCGCUUAUGGAAACGAAAGUAACCACCAUUUUGGUUGAAAGAGCUGCCCAAAUGGAUCUGAACGAGAAAUUUGCCGACCUCCUGGCGGCGCAAGAACGAUUCGGAAAUGCUGAAAGGUGUGUGAGAGUUCUCAAUCUUGUUGAGAAGAAGCUAAAUAACAAUAUCAUGGAAUUUAAACUAGAAAAAGACUCGUGGGAAAAACAAUCUAUUUUAUAGAAGAUCGCCUGAGGCAUGCCUGCACCCCUAUUUGUCGCCAUUGCUUCAGAAACGCUGAUAUGUUGUCUGUGUGUAACCCCUUUUCAGAGACAGGUUAAGUGUUAUCCAUAGCCAUUUCUAGAGAUUAGCUUGUAAAUGAUUAGUAACGCUUACAUUUAUUUUUUUAACUGGUUGAAAGGUAUUAUGGUA